AUGGAGGGCCCUGGUGCCACACACCUCACCCGCUCUGGUCCCGCAGGCCUGAUCUUCUCCGCCUACAGUGUCACGCUGCAGCCGCCAGAUUCCUUCCUGGAGGGAGUGGCGAGGACAGGGCGAUACACAUUUACUGCAGCCGCCAUCGGUGCCAUAUUUGGCCUCACCUCCUGCAUCAGUGCCCAGGUCCGAGAGAAGCCCGACGACCCCCUCAACUACUUCAUCGGAGGCUGUGCCGGAGGCCUGACCCUGGGAGCGCGCACCCACAGCUAUGGGAUCGGAGCCGCCGCGUGCGCGUACAUGGGCACGAUCGCCGCGUUGGUCAAGAUGGGCCAGCUGGAGGGCUGGAAGGUGUUUGCAGCACCCAAGGUGUGAGCCCCGCCGCCUCCCGGGUCCCCGGCCAGGUUGAAAUGCGACGAGAAAUAAAUUCUGUGCAUACUGGU